CCCGCUUGUGGGCAGAGACCGAAGCUCCCAGUGUCCCAGACCUUUCCCUGCUCACCCUGGCUGGAAGGAUGGAAACAUCUUCCAAGGUGCUGAGAGGGUCAAGUUCCUCAGCCCUGGCCUGUGUCACGCCGUUUCCACAAGUGGUGCUGCAGGCACCCCAGCUGGUGCCUGCUAACUCGGGAUCCUUUUGGCUCCCCCCGUUCUGCUCCUCUGACAGAGCCAGCAGUUUUUAUGGACAGGAAGGGGAGCAGAGUGUGGUUGCUGAGAAAUGGCCAAUGAGAAUCACAGAAGCCCUGCGGAGGAAGCGUCUCUCAUGAGUCACUCACCUGGCACUUCCAACCAGAACCAGCCCAGCUCCCCCAAACCUCUGCGACUGGUGCAGGACCUGCCAGAUGAGCUGGUGCAGGCUGGCUGGGAGAAGUGCUGGAGCAAGCGGGAGAAUCGCCCUUACUACUUCAAUCGCUUCACUAACCAGUCUCUGUGGGAAAUGCCUGUCCUGGGGCAGCACGAUGUCAUUUCAGACCCUCUGGGAUUGAACGCGGCUCCGAUGCCACUGGAAGGUGGGAUGAUAGAUACCUCUGUGGAGAGCAAGCAGAGGAAGAGGAGAUUCUCUGAGGAGGUUCCACCGAGUGGCAACAGUAUGAAAAAGCCCAAGGCUGACGUCCCAGGGAACCCGGCUGCUCAGCCGGUCCCCAGCUCUCCCAGUAUUCCAGGAACCUCUGUUCUGAAGGCGUGGUGUGUCUCACCUGAAGAUAAACAGCAGGCAGCUCUCUUACGACCAACUGAAGUAUAUUGGGACCUGGAUAUUCAGACAAACGCAGUGAUUAAGCAGAGAGCACCAUCUGAAGUGCUUUCUCCACACCCUGAGGUGGAGCUGCUUCGAUCCCAGCUCAUUCUCAAGCUGCGGCAGCAUUACCGCGAGCUCUGCCAGCAGCGAGAAGGGAUUGACCCCCCAAGGGAGUCCUUUAAUCGCUGGAUGUUGGAGAGGAAGGUGGUUGACAAAGGGACAGAUCCUCUUUUACCCAGUGACUGCGAGCCAGUAGUGUCUCCUUCCAUGUUCAGAGAGAUCAUGAAUGACAUUCCCAUCAGGUUGUCCAGAAUCAAGUUCCGGGAGGAGGCCAAGAGACUGCUCUUCAAGUACGCCGAGGCUGCGAAGCGGCUGAUCGAGUCCAGGAGUGCUUCACCAGACAGCAGGAAGGUGGUGAAGUGGAACGUGGAAGACACCUUCAGCUGGCUGCGACGGGACCAUUCUGCCUCUAAGGAGGACUACAUGGACCGCCUGGAGCACUUACGCAAACAGUGUGGGCCCCACGUGUCUGCUGCAGCAAAGGACUCUGUUGAAGGCAUCUGCAGUAAGAUUUACUACAUAUCCCUUGAGUACGUCAAGCGGAUCCGGGAGAAGCAUCUUGCCAUACUCAAAGAGAACAAUAUAUCUGCUGAGGUGGAAGCUCCCGAGGUCCAGGACAGGCUGGUGUACUGCUACCCCGUGAGACUGGCCAUCCCCUCCCCGCCGCUCCCCAGCGUGGAGAUGCACAUGGAGAACAACGUGGCGUGUGUGCGGUACAAGGGGGAGAUGGUCAAAGUGAGCCGCAACUACUUCAGCAAACUGUGGCUUCUCUACCGGUACAGUUGCAUUGACGACUCUAGCUUUGAAAAGUUCCUGCCCAGGGUUUGGUGCCUUCUCCGUCGAUACCAGAUGAUGUUUGGUGUAAAUCUGUACGAAGGAACUGGUCUGCAGGGGUCGCUUCCCGUGCACGUCUUCGAAGCCCUCCACAAGCUCUUUGGAGUGAGUUUCGAAUGCUUUGCCUCGCCCCUGAAUUGCUAUUUUAAACAAUACUGUUCGGCCUUCUUGGAUACAGACGGGUAUUUUGGAUCCAGGGGCCCGUGCCUGGAUUUCUUCCCUAUAAGUGGCUCUUUUGAGGUAAAUCCUCCGUUCUGUGAGGAGCUGAUGAAUGCCAUGGUCUCUCACUUUGAGAAACUGCUGGAGAGCUCCAGUGAGCCUCUGUCCUUCAUCGUCUUCAUCCCUGAGUGGCGGGACCCUCCUACCACAGCCCUGAUCCGCAUGGAGCAGAGCAAGUUCAAGCGGCACCAGCUCAGCCUGCCAGCCUUCGACCACGAAUACCGCAGCGGGUCCCAGCACGUCUGCAAAAAAGAGGAGAUGUACUACAAGUCUGUACACAACACGGCCAUCCUCUUCCUGCAGAACAGCGCGGGCUUUGCCAAGUGGGAGCCCACGCCGGAGCGGCUGCAGGAGCUUGUUGCAGCCUACAAGCAUUCAGGCCGGACCCUCAGCUCCUCGUCCUCUUCCUCCUCAUCUUCCUCCUCCUCCUCCACAGUGGACAAAGAGCGGGAGCUGGGCCGAGAGCAAAGCAGCAGCCGGGAGACUAAUCCCAACUAAGGCGCAAGGUGCGAGGCAGCGGGGAGGUGCGUUGGCCCCGGCGGCAGGGGGGCAGUGACAGACUCUGCCUGCGCAGCACCGGCCGCAGGGGACUCCUGCGCAGCAGCCCCGCGGCACCCGCUUCCCCCUGCGAACUGCACAGUGCCCGCGCGCCGCGGGAGGGCGGGCGCCGGGAGCCCCGGGCACAGGAGCCAGCGCGGCACGGCAGGAGGAGCCGCGGCGCCGAGGGAAGGGGCAGGGGCAGCCGCAGGUGCGGGCGGAAGGACGGCGGGACGGACGGACGGACGGGCGGGCGGGAAGCGCAAGUGCUCAGCACCGGCACUGCGGCUGGAGGGGCCCCGGCAGUGCCCGCAGCCCGGCGCCGGCGGGAUAGGGGCGGGCAGAGCCCGGGGGCUCCUGCGGCCGGGGCGGCACCAGCGCAGCUCCGUGUCCAUAGUGUAAAUAGUUGUGUCCGUGGCGCCGCAGCUCGAGGGGCUGCUCCCAUCGCAUCCGUGUUUCUUUCCCUUGUGUGAGUCCCGUGUUCGCCGACGCUGUGUACCGUAUAGGGGAGGAGCGGAGCAGAGGAGUUCCUUUGGUGUGUAAAGUCUUUGCAGCUGUUUUGUAGUUGUUGUGGUUUUUAUGCGGAGCCUCCGGGCUUUAUUUAACCUCCUUGGGUUUUGUUUUGUAAGGAUUAAUUUAACACCGCUAACCAUUUUAUUACUUUUAUCAAGAAGAGCAAAAUCUAUUUUUGAUUUCUGUUUCCUAGUUCUUAGGAACAUUAAAAACCAGCAUUACA